AUGUAUCCCGAAGAAAUUAGCGGUAUUUGUAAAUCAUGUGAUGCAACGUUCAAUUCACAAUGCAACACAUCAAAUGGGUAUUGUUCUGCUUGCAAAACAAAUUACGUCUUUAACCCACAAAACCCCAAAAAGUGUCUCGAAUGUAAACAAUUUGAUGGAAAUUGCUCUGUGUGUGCACUUUCCUUUGAGAGAAAGUGUAGCAGUUGCGAAGAAGGAUAUUACCCAAAUGAUAAUUCAAUAUGUGUUGCAUGUGAUACAAUUCCAAACUGUGUCAACUGUAAAAUAAACGAGAAGAAGUGCUUGUCAUGUAAUGACCCGUUUUACCAAUUAAAUGGUGAGUGUAAAAGUUGCCCAAAUUACCAAUACAAGAAGAGUCAAACUUCUUGUGACAAUUGUUAUGAAAAAGUCCGCAACUGUAAAUUGUGUACAACAAAAACUAUGGAAAAUGUUUUAUGUGAUGAAUGUUAUCCCCCAUAUGUUGCUAUUAAUGGAAUCUGUGUAUCAUGUCAGUCAAAUGAAUAUUAUGACACUACAACUAAGAGUUGUUUGACAAUUAAUAAUUGUGAACGACCAACAAACUCGACUUCUUGUAUUUCUUGUGAACCGCCUUACUUUGUCUCGAACUCAAAAUGUGUUAACGCAAAUGGGUGCAACAAUCCCUCAAAGCUCUCAAUAACUUCUUGUGAUUGUAAUGACCAAAUUUCAGUCAAUUCAUAUUGCACAUCAAAAAUUCCUACAUGUAAAUAUCAGAAGUCUGUCAAUGGAACGUCAAAAUGUGUUCAAUGUGAUAACAAUUUGAUAUUAGAAAAUGGAAAAUGCAUUACUGUACCAUUGAAUAUGUUUUGGAAAAAUAAUAUUACCUUCAUAUGCAGUGAAGGGUAUUACUUGAGUAAUGAAAAUAUAUGUAAGAUGUGUAAUCAAAACGACUCAAUUUGUGAAAAUUACAAUAAUGUCAUAAGUUCAUUAAAAUGUAAAGACAGUUUUACCUUUAACAUUGAAAAGAAAACGUGUUUAAGUGAUGAAAAUUGUGAGACGAUUCAAAAUGGGUUGUGUACCAAAUGCAAGAAUAUUACAAGUGAACUGUCAAGUGGAAAAUGUUCAAAAUGUCAAACAACAAGUUGUGAACAUUGUGAAGGUAGUCACUGUAAAAUGUGUAUGAGUAAUUAUCUUCUUUCAAAGAACAAUUUCUGUGUAUUCAAAACAAAUGUAAAUUGUUUGAAAUCAACUCGAUUUGGAUGUGCAUUAUGUAAUAAUGGAUAUUACUCAGUUGAUUCAAUUAAUAAAGAAGGAAAGUACGACUUCUGUAUUAAAGCGCCAGUGACAAAUUGUAAACAUUACCACUCAAAUUUGACAAAAUGUGUCGAAUGCUUAGAUGCAUUUCAACUCAAAAAUAGUGUAUGUUCAGAAAGUUUCAAUGAACUUGAAGAAAAGACACCAAUUUCAUUAAAAUUGACAAUAAAAGGAAUUGAAACAGUUGGGUGUAGUAUGAGAGAUAGCAAGGGGUGUAAACGAUGUUUGAAUGGGUAUUAUUUAGACAACAAUGAAUGUAUCAAAUGUGGUGCAAAUUGUAAGACUUGUUCUGAUUCUGUUUAUUGUACUUCUUGCGAGGACGGCUCAUUUAUAGACACCAAUUACCGAUGUCAGUCACUUGGUGAUCUUUCGAAGAAGUGUAAAAUAGCAAUGCCGAGUGGAGGCGGGUGUGCUAUAUGUAAGGAUGGGUACUUCAAAAGUGGGAUUGAUUGUAACGAGUGUGAUGACUCCUGUUAUAACUGUGAUUCCAGAGAGCGUUGCUUAUCAUGCAAAAAUGGAUAUUUCAGAAUCCCACUUGAGAAAAUUAAAUUGUGUUUAUCAUAUGAUUCAAAUUUAAAUUGCACCGUUGUGAAUCCCGAUGGAUGUAUUCUUUGUGCUACUGGUUUUUAUUUAUCAAAUGGACGUUGUGUAAAAUGUGACAAUAAUUGUUUAACUUGUGUUGAUGGAAAGAGUUGCACUUCAUGUAUUGAAGAUUACGUAGCUGUCGAACAUAACUGUCUUCAUUAUAAUUUAAUUGAGCAUUGCACUACUGCAAAAGAAUCAAAAUGCACAACAUGUGAAGGACGUAAUAUUCCCUCGGAUGAUGGAGAAAGGUGUGUAGGGCUUACAAAUUAUGGUGUGGUUAUUGGUAUUCCAAUAUCGAUAUUUGUUGUUCUAAUUAUUCUUAUAGCUAUCAUUAUUGUAGUUGGAUAUCUUUUUGCGAUGAGAAAAAAGGAAGAAAAGAAGAUGAUCAAUGUCUGUGUAUUCCAAAUGAAACGAUCAAAUGUGCCCAUGUUUGCAAUUAACGACGUUCUCUCAACAAGUAAAAAGGAAAUUCAUUUUGAUUUGGAAGAAGACCCACCUAUCAAUGUUGACUCGGAGACAAGAGACUUAAUCUGUAUUGGUAACAAUUCCAAACACAAUGUGAAAGUCCAAUUCAGUGUGAUGGAAGGAUGUGAUCAUUAUGAGAUCAGAACAGUACCUUCUUUAAUAUCACUAAAGAGAGGUGAAGCGUGUGAAUUUGAGAUAUUUAUCAAACCGUCGUGUAGUUGUAAAAUCAGUGAAGACAUCAUGUUGAUUGCACUUGAUAUAAUGACUGGGGUGCAAAUGAAUGAGAGGAUUCACGUCGAGACAACAACAAAGAACUCGACCAAACUGGACUAUCGUGAAUUAACUGAAGAGAAAAAACUUGGCGAAGGAUCCUUUGGUAUAGUGUACAAAGGAAAAUACCUUAACAAAACAGUUGCGAUCAAAAAGAUGAAGAACACACAAGCCACAAAAGAAGCAAUAGAUGAGUUUGAUAAGGAAGUCUCCAUGCUUGAUAAAUUUAGAAGUGAAUUUGUUAUUCACUUCUAUGGCGCUUGUUAUAUACCAAGUCAUAUAUGCAUGGUCACUGAAUUUGCUGAACAUGGCUCUUUGGCCGACAUGAUCAAUAAAGAGAAAGAAAUCAGUCUAAAAAUGAAGGUAAAGAUCAUUUGGGAUGGAGCAAGAGGUAUCAAGUAUUUACACGAGAAUGGCAUUUUACAUCGAGACAUCAAACCAGACAAUAUUCUUGUUAUUACAAUGGAAGAGAAUGUCAAGGCUAAUGGAAAAUUGACAGACUUUGGAAGUAGUCGAAACAUCAAUAUGUUAAUGACUAACAUGACAUUCACAAAGGGAAUUGGAACACCAAAAUAUAUGGCGCCUGAAGUGUUAAACAAACAACAUUAUAAGAAGUCGUCUGAUGUUUUUUCUCUUGGUGUCACUAUGUACGAAGCUCUUGUGUGGGGAGAAGUCUAUCCAAAGAAUAUAUUCAAAUUUGCUUGGAGUAUCGCCGACUUUGUGACGAGUGGGAAAAGAAGAGAAUGUCAAGAAAACAUGAAUGUUGAAGCUUAUAAUAUUGUCGAUCAGA